UGGUGGUGUUGGUGGUUGGUGGUGUCGGUGGUGUUGUUGGUGGUGUUGGUGGUUGGUGGUGUUGUUGGUGGUUGGUGGUGUUAGUGGUGGUUGUGGUGGUUGGUGGUGUUGGUGGUUGGUGGUGGAGAAUAAAAAAAAAUUAACCCACGGGGCCACUUAGCGCGUCCCGCCCUUGCCCACCAGGGGGAUGUUUAUUUCAUGUCGACAGCGGAAAUAGGAAGAAGAAGAACAACCUCGCAGCAGAAAGUGGAUCGGACUGAAGCGGGAGAGAAGGGAGAGGAAGACGCAGCGGGGUGGUGGGGGGCAGGAGAUUAACCAUCGUGUGGAUUGUCACCUCGUCUGCUUCAGGGUCUCAAAGCUGCUGCCCGGCGUUUGCCGUUUCCGCACCGAUCCGUGCUCGACACCAUGGGAGACGAGAUGGGGGUUGAGCGCCAGCGCGACCUGGAGGCUGCCAUGGACACCGAACUGCGUGCACUCGUGCAGGUGUCUCCGCCGCAGGAGAGAGAGGCCAUGCAGCGUGACAUGGAGGACUUUAAGAUGGUCUUUCAGAAGUUCCUGGAGAACCGCCCCUCCCUCGACUGGGAGAAGAUUCAGAAGCUUCCAGAAGGAGCGGUGGAGCCGUACGAGGAUCUGCGCGCCCGAGCGCUGCCCUCCGACGUCGCAGCGCUGCUCAACCGGCUGGUGGUCGUGAAGCUCAACGGAGCUUCGGGCUCGCACAUGGGCUUCCAGGGCCCACACAGCCUCCUGGGUGUCCGCGACGAGAGCACAUUCCUCGACCUGGCCAUCGAGCAGAUAGAGCAUUUGAACGAGGCCUACGACUGCGAUAUUCCGCUCGUGCUCAUGAACUCCUUCCUGACCAAUGAAGAGAUAUUGAAAAUUCUGCAGAAGUACAGCCACCGGAGGGUCAAGAUAAAGACUUUCAUGCAGAGCCGCUACCCGCGCGUCCACAAGGAGACGCUGCUCCCGGCCGCGUCGGCCGACGGCGACGAAGAGCAGCUGCAGGCACACCACGACGGCUGGUACCUGCCGGGUCACGGCGACUUCUACGAGAGCUUCCACCGCUCGGGCCUGCUGGACGACUUCCUGCAGCAGGGCAAGGAGGUCAUGUUCAUCUCCAACAUGGACAACCUGGGCGCCAGCGUGGACCUGCACAUCCUGCACCAUCUGCUCGAGCCGCUGGCCGGCCGCCCACGCUGCGAGUUCGUCAUGGAGGUGACGGACAAGACGCGGGCCGACAUGGAGGGUGGGACGCUCAUUCACUACGAGGACAAACUCCGGCUGCUGGAGAUCGCUCAGGUGCCCUCGGCCAACAUCGACGAAUUCCGAUCGGUCUCCAAGUUUAAGAUCUUCAACACCAACAACUUGUGGAUCUCGCUGGAGGCGUGCAAGCGCCUGCAGGAGAGCGGCCGCAUCGAUAUGGAGGUCAUCGCCAACCAGAGGAUGCUGAGCAACGGGCUGAGCGUCAUCCAGCUGGAGCGCGCCGUGGGCGCGGCGAUGAAGUGCUUCGACAACGCGCUGGGCAUCAGCGUGCCUCGCUCGCGCUUCCUGCCCGUCAAGAAGACCGCCGACCUGCUGCUCGUGCAGUCCAACCUGUACACGCUGCGCGGGGGCGCCGUGCGGCUCAGCGAGCGCCGCGAGUUCCCCACCGUGCCGCUCGUCAAGCUCGGGGACGAGUUCACAAAGGUGCAGGACUUCCUCAAGAGGUUCGCCAGCAUCCCCGACAUCCUGGAGCUCGACCACCUCACCGUAUCUGGGAACGUGACCUUCGGCAAGAACGUUGUGCUCAAGGGUACGGUGAUCAUCAUCGCAAACCACGGAGACAAGAUCGCCAUCCCGUCUGGUUCCAUACUCGAAAACAAAAUUAUCUCUGGAAAUCUGAGCGUUCUCGAUCACUAGCGGGCUUCCAAGCCUUCUGCAUGCCACCACUGUGCAAAAUAAGAAGAUAGCCUAAAAUAGACAAACCCUUAAAUGAGUUUACGUUGCUUUGCAAAAUGCUCACCUUGGUUCCAUAUCUUGAUCUACCUGAUGUAAAUUCAGGGCGAUGUUACUGAAAAAAGUGCACUUUGUCAGGAAGCAUGUGCCAUCUUAUACGAAUCAUUGACAUCACUACUCAUGUGAAUGAUUCAUAGAACAAUGGUGCGUUACCCAAAGCAUUCAUUUGGGUUGCUGCGAUGUGGCGACACUACUGACCAUUUAAUUGGCGCUUUACCAUUUUUUCCCCGGAGUGAUAAAUGGCGUGCUAAUUGUAUGCCAUCAGCAUUUGCCCAGUUAAUUUUUAUUAUAUUAUUGUUCGUGUAACUGAUGGUAUGCGUGUAUUGAACACAGAUUGUAAAGUUUCAAUGAUUAGAAAACUGUUAAGUGAACUGCAGUUUAAAACACUUGUAAGUAAUCUUUAUUUGAAAAGGCAAAAUUUUUACGUGAAAUACAAAUUGCUGAAAGCUGAUAUCGCGGUAAUUGUCAAAUCAUGAAACAUGAUAUCGCUGCAACCCCUAUAUUUAUGUAUUUGACCUAAAGGCUGUCUGUGGUUACAAUAACGGAUUCCUAAAACCUCAAACUACCUGGACAAGAAUUGGCGAGGCUUGCUGUAUUUCUGUAGAUUGUCCAGCUGAAAGCCUGAGCACAUUUGCUGACAACGCAGUUCAAGCGUCAUGCAUUCUGUGAUAUUUCAAUAGGGGAUGUUGGCAGAAUAUCCUCUAGAGAGGCCCUCCAGAGCUCCUUCCAUUGGAGGGCCCUUCUGCCAGCAGUGGCAUGAGGAAGCAAUUGCAGGGCUGCACCUUUACCGUUGAUGCAAUGGAACAUUAAUAGCAUUAGAACGUCACAAGAGAUUAUUGCAUGCAAUUUGGCAACUACAAAUAAGAAUUACAACUUUAAUUAUCUUCUUACAGAUAUUGAUGUAUCUGCCAGAAUAUGAAUUACUGUACACUAGUUUUAAGUUGUCCUAUAAUAAUUAUAAUCCAUUGACUGAAUGCAUCCUGAAUAACCGGUACCAUCAAAGUGCAUUGUUUUCAAGAUAUUGCUCCACUGCUGUUGACACGAGAUAUUUUUCCUGUACUUUGCGAAUGUAGUUGCUAAUGUCCAGCAACAAGUUUGAAACAAAAUAUUACACGAGUUGAGUUUAUAUUGUGUGCACAACUUUGUAUGCAUAGAUGUAUGCAAAAAAAAAAUUGCAAUUAAUGUGAAGUACAAUGCCGAGUUUGAAAUUGGUUCAUUAAUCAGCUCGUAGAUGUAUACUUAUACUGUAACUGUUGCCAGUGGAAAGAGUUCAAAGAACAGUUGUUUUAUUUAAACAUAAAGGGGAUUAAAUACUUUAUUUGGCUGCAUUUUCAUUAACUAUUUAUACACCAGCGGUGAAGGCGCAGUCCUGCGAUCUCUUGCUUUUCGACACUGCUGGUGGAAAGGACUUCGACCAGAGGGGAAGCUCUCGAGACAUGGCUUGAGAGCCCCCCCUCCCCUGUCACGAGCGAUAGAGCCACAAAUCGAGUGAAAAAUAUCGAUUGGGGUUGGUUCGAUGCUGAUCGUGCAGUGCCAGUUCUUAGGAGAUGGCAGGUGGGCAUUGUCCAGAUUUGGUGGCAUUGAUCUCGGUCCCACUGAAUAUUGAAAUAUACUGGAGGAAUCCGAUGAGCUAUGAAGCUAUUUUUCACAAAUGUCCAGUACUCAGAGUAAGAAGCAUUAUAGGAGGCAUUCAUGAGUUUGAGAAUGGUGAUAUUAUCAGACAGAUGUUUACCGAGUAAUCGAACUAACUCUUAAGGUUGCCGGGGUUUGCAAUGCGCUGAAUGUGAUGGCUUUAAAAUUAGUUCAUGCUGAAACUUUAUACCUCUUAGUUUUUACAGGAGUUGGCCUUAGUCCACAUAAUAAGCUAGGAUUUCACGAGCACCACAUUAUAAUCAAUGGCAUAAUCCACUAGCUACCCAUGUUGCUGCUUUCCAUUAAGAGUUCAUGUUGAAAAUACAUUCCUCUAUACUAGGUCAAAAAUCAGCAUCAUGGCCACAAAGCCGUUAAUGAUGCCACCACUGCACCUCCGAUUAGCCCGGUUGGCUACGUACGGUGCGAAAGGAGUUCAACGUUCACAGCACCGCGCCAGUGCCUUCUACCCUCAACCAGACCCCGUAGCUGCUGCACCAGCAGACACGUGACGUGUAUGUUGAACUUCUUUCGCGCCGUAAUCGGAGGUGCCGUGGAAGGACAAACAAAACACAGACCUCCAAGGUUUGCCCGAACAGUAUCCCACUAUUUGGGGGUCUUGGGUCUUCCACUUGGUUGCCAGACUCGUGGAGACCAACUUAGGUGACUGAUGAAAAUGCACGUGUUUCAUUUGAAAAUCGAUGUUUUAACUCUUAAGGUGUGGGAUUGUUUUACUUUCCUCCAUCACGUCCAUUUCUUAUUGAAGCGAAGGGACAGGUUUGUGGGCCAUUUAAAUGUAAACAUGUUUUACAUGUCGCUUUGCGGUUGUUGGCAUUGAUAGAGAGUUUGAUUUUGUAGAAUGUUGUUUUGUUGAGCUGGGGUUGUGUGGGUGGCAGUAUCUCCAAAGGCAUGUUUGGUAGUCUUUAUUUUAAUUUACAUUCCAAGACGAUUCUAAACUGUGGAUGCAUAAAAUGCUGUUUUGUUUUCAUGUAUCGUGAAUGAAAACGAGGGCUUGGCUGUACUCGGGAGCUGAAUGUUAAAUGAAAUGGCUUAUUUUGAAGCCCACCUCUUUCGUAAUAAUGGAGAAAAAACUUGUUACGGAGUACGACAAUGAAAAAUAAAGUAAGCUUCUAAAGUGUA